AUGUUCCCAGCUCUCCGAUCCACCUCGUCCCGUCUGGGUUUGCGCCUGGUGCGCUGGAACUCGACCGACAGCCCGAUCUUGCCGCCUUUGAUGACCAAGCUCAGAACUGACCUCAAGACGGCUAUGAGAGCCAAGGAUACUCCUCGGCUGAACGUCGUCCGGGCUCUGAUUUCCGAAACCAACAACGCCGCGAAGACCUCCUCUCCCAUUCAAACCGAUAUCCAGCUCCUGUCUCUGAUUCGGAAACGUAUUGCUGCCUCCAAGGAUGCCAUUGAGGAGUUCAAGGUUGAGAACCGCCCAGAGCUUCAAGAGCUUGAGGAGAAGCAGGUGACAGUCUUGGAGGAAUACGGUGCCCAGGUGGAAACCAUGAGCGCGGACGACAUCAAGCAAGUUGUCUCCCAGACGCUCUCCAGCAUGAAGGAGGCUGGCAAGAAGGUCGAAAUCGGCCUUGUUCUCAAGUCUCUCUUCGCUGCCGGUGGUGCGCUGGCGGACAAGCCGGCUGACAAGUCUGAAACUGCAAGAAUUGUUAAGGACGCUGUCACUGCCUUCAAGAAGAACUAA